AUGAGUUCGCCAGCAAACCCUCCUGGUCCUCUUACUCCCCCUGCAGAACCGUCGUCGCAAGCUCCACAACCCUCUCAACCCUCCCAAGCCACUACUCAACCACAAGUCGAAGCACUCCUCUCUCAGCCCUUGACCUCCUUGUCCGAUAAUGGAAGUGCAAAGAGACCUCGAGACCACCGUCUGAUACACCUAUUACUCGCUUCCCAUGGCGUCAGCGCCUACCAGCAACGCGUCCCGUUACAGCUCAUGGACUUCGCAUAUCGAUACACCAACUCUGUACUAACUGACGCUUUGCAUAUUCAAAAUGAGGCGUACGACCAAACAGACGUGGGAACUUCAUCUAAGGGAAGAGGGACAAAACAACACCAGAACAAAAAUGAGGAAGGCGACGUAAGUCUAGCGGCAUUACGCAUGUCGAUAGGCUCGAGGGUGGGACACCAGUUUCAAGGCAGCUUACCCAAAGAAUUUCUCAAGACCCUGGCCGACGAGAGGAACCGGAUAUCACUCAAUACCCAGGCCAGGGAUGGAGAGAAGAGCGGUCCUCUGAUAGGAGGCGUCAGACUCCCUCAUGAGAAGUUCUGUCUUACGGGCGUCGGCUGGGGCUUAAAGGAUGAAUGGGACAGCGAAGGAGAAGAAAGCCUUGACUCCGAGGAAGAUCCUCGGCCGGAGCCAGAGGACCUGAUGCAGAUGGAUGAAAGAUCAGGCGACGAGGAUGAAGAAGGCUUGGGUACGAUGGAGGAUGUCUUUGGUCCGGACGACGCAGCAGGGGAAGGUGACAAGGAUGGAGAUGCGGAGAUGGACGGUUGA